AUGUCGGAGAAUAAGGUGCAUUUUCGGCAUAUUUUACUUUAUUACUUCAAGAAAGGCAAGCGAGCUGCGGAGGCCCACCGAAAGAUAUGCGGCGUAUACAGGGACGAUGCCUUAACAGAACGUGCCGCUCAGAAAUGGUUUGCCAAAUUUCGUUCCGGAAAUACGAGUCUUCAAGAUGGACCCCGCAGCAAUCGGCCCAUCGAGGAUGAUUUGAAUGAUAUCAAGGCAUUUGCAACAGCUUGGCUACGUGGCCCGCCUCGAUGUUUGGGGGCCGCACAAGCUGACCGAGGAGAACCUGGCCAACCGCAUGUCCAUCUGCAAUUCACUUCUGAAGCGACACGAAAGCGACCCGUUUCUCAAACGAAUAGUGAUUGGCGACGAAAAGUGGAUCAUCUACGACAACAUAGUGCGCAAGAGAUCACUGGCGAGCCGCCGAAUGCCAUCCCGAAGACCGGCCUGCAUUCGAAGAAGAUUUUGCUAUCCAUAUGGUGGGAUCAUCGUGGUGUGUUGUUUUACGAGCAGCUUCCUCAGGGAAAAACGAUCGAUUCGAAAAUCUAUUGCACGCAGCUAACGAAAUUGAAUCAAGCAUUGCGACAGAAACGUCCAGAACUGGUCAAUUGCAAAGGUGUCAUAUUCCACUAUAACAACGCCAGACCCCACCGCAAUCACUCAGCAAAAAUUAGUGCAACUUGGCUGGGAUGUUUUGCCCCACUCACCAGACCUUGCGCCAUCCGACUACCACUUGUUCCGGUCCCUGCAAAACUCCCUCAACGGGAAAUCGUUCGCUGA